AUGACUGAAUUUUGGCAAUGUUUCUGUUUGAUCUUCUCACCGCCAAUCACUGUCGCUUUAGCAACAGGCGACGGGAAAAAAAUGUACAUCUGUAUGCUUCUCACAAUGAUUUGUUAUAUUCCCGGGCUCCUAUAUGCUAUGCAGUUUACCUUGUUGCUUUCUUUGAUAUUUAUUGUGUAUGGUGGUAGAUAUGGAGGUGGAUGGGGUGGUGGUGGAGGUGGAGGGAUUGGUGGGUGGAAUGGUGGAGGUGAGGGUGGAGGGAUGAGUGCGUGGAAUGGUGGAGGUGGAGGUGGAGGGAUGGGUGGAAUGAGUGGAUGGAAUGGUGGAGCACCGAGUCGACCCUUUGGACACUUUGGAAGACAUCGACAUCGACAUUGGCAUCGUGGGUGGAGAAGACACCAUUUCCGAAAUCCUUUUCGAGCUCGAUGGGGAAGAGGGAGACACGGAAGGCAUCGACAUUGGCGAAUGAUGUCACGAUCUGGACAUCGAUUCUUCUUCCGUCAUGGAAUGGAAGCUGGAGAAUUGGCUGAUCUACAAAAUUUACCCGAUGAUGUCCGGCAAAGACUUGGCGAUAAUGAGCAAGAAUUUGUGAACUAUGGAACAAGAUUCAAACGUCGUUUCAAUUUGGGAGCAAUGGAAGAUAUUGCCGGGAAUUUCAACGAUAACUAUGCUACUCUUCAAGAAUUGAAAUCAAGACCGAAUAGGAGAAGAUUUCGAUUUGGAAUGCAUCCAUUUAUGCAUUUAUCAAGGGAUCAAUUCAAACGGAUUUUACUACCAAUUCCUGAUGAAACUUUAUCUCCAAGUGUGAUCGUUGAUGAGGGUGAUGGAACAGAAAAUGGAGGAGAAGAAGGGACAACUCAUGCUCCAAGUGAAAGCGAUUAUCAAGCGGAUAUCGAAUACAAUGAUCAAGAUUCGACAACUGAAACGACUCCUGAAGAGACGACAACAGAGGAAACAUCCACAGAUUAUGGAGGAGAAGAAGAACAAGGAAAAGAAGAACAAGAAAAAGAAGAACAAGAGGAAUUACCGACAAGUUUUGAUUGGAGAGACCAAGUGACAGUCUCCACUCCGAAACACCAAUGGGAUUGUGGAAGUUGCUGGACUUUUGCAUCAGCAGGAGUUCUCGAGAUUCAACACGCUCGUCAAAACAACGACGAUCAAUUGGAUCUCGCAGAAAUGGAUCAUACUUGUGUUUACAAUGGAACAAUUUGUGAUGGUGGAUUUCCAAAAGAUGCAUUCAAAUACUUCAUGGAGAAUCCGGGGAUUGGAUUGGAAAGUGAUGAUCCGUACGAUACGGAUAAAGAGAUGCUUUGUCGAGAGAUUUCUCCAGCUGUUCGUGUUCGUGAAGUCAUCGAUUUAUUACCAUUUGAUAUGGAAAAGACAAAAAGAGCUCUCAUCAAAAAUGGUCCAUUUGCUGUGGGAAUUUAUGUAAAUGAUGAUUUUCAAUAUUACAAGGAAGGAAUCUUUGACAAAACGUGUGAAGGAUUGGAGAAAUUGGGAGGACAUGCCAUUGUGGUUGUUGGAUAUGGUGUCGAAGAUGAUGUUCCAUAUUGGAUUGCGAAGAAUUCAUGGGGUGAUGAUUGGGGAGAAGGUGGCUAUAUCAAGAACAACAAUCAAAUCCCGUAUCAACACAUGUCGUAUUGGUGCUAUUUUGAGCAUAAAUCAUCAAGAAGAUCGUCGAGA